AUGGAGGUCACAUUUCUCGAUGGACAUACCCUUGCUCCGAGCAAAGAACCCUACUUCCUUGGCGACUCGGGCAUUGAUGGCUACAUCUCUGUGACCGGCUCCACGGACAUGGAGUUCGACAUGUUCAAGAUCACUCUGGAGGGGCUCUUGGUCAAUACCAUCCGAUGCCUCGACUGGUACGCGGACACUCUGAUCCAGCGGACACAGCAGCUCCUACAACUCGAUGCAAUCAAGACAGCGGCAGAUUUCAUCGGUGUUGACGCGGAAGAUCCAACGAAGAGUAGAAGCACUCCGAAGUGCUUCUUCCACUUCGACAUCCCCAAGAGCCUGCAGUCCGAGCUGCUGGGGCAGAACCACGGACACCUGGGGGAUCUUCCCCCUUAUCUGCCCCCCUUCGAGAUCGGAGAGAGACAUCCCGUGUUCCAGCCGCGGCGUCAGGGGCAGUGUAUUGUCACGUACGCGCUGUGUGUGAAAGCCCUUAAGCACGACAAGGUGGUGGCCACCUGCGCCCGAUCGAUCAGGAUCAUACCGACCUUGGCCAUCGCGCCGCCGUUCUGUGUCGCUGACUUUCCUGACGAGUACUGUCUGGCAAGGUCCAGAGAGCCGAGACGCUGGAGCCUGGGCGUGUGUCGCACGGGAGAUUUGCGCAUCGAAGCCACUCAGCCCGCUCCGGUGAUUCUCAACCAGCUCACGGACGAUACAGUCUGCUCAGCUUCUUUAAGCCUGACGCAAAUGACUUCUUCCAAGGUAAAUUGUCGAAACGAGGGGCCGAGAACCCCGGCCAACAGUCGGUGUACGGCGUCGUUGAUGUUCUCUACAUUCAUAUCCGGCGAUCCGCGUGAGAGUGCUCCGACGCUGAAAGACCUCUCGUCCUCUCGUACGCUGUGCCGUGAAUGCGGUGUCUACGCCAAAGUCGAGGUCCCUGCGGAGUUCUCGCAAUGGGUCAAAGUCCCCGCUCCUCUACGUGUCGAAGAUGGUGAUGCUACGUUGGGAACGGUACAGCAGUGGAAAUCAGAAGCGCAUGUGACGCUCAACUUUGGGAAACUGAAGCAUCCGGUGCCCAGUUUCGAGUCGUCCUUGGUUUCUCGCCGAUACAAGGUCGACUUGCGCAUCCGAAUCGCCGCGCCGUAUCGCUGCAAGUUCCGGCUGGCUUUGCCGGUGCAGAUCCUCUACCGUGCAGAUAAUUGUCAGAACCCCGGAAGGGUUCCUGAGAGCGAGUGUCCUCCGUACAUCGCAUAG